GCAUCCUUCAGGCGUGUGCACAGAAAUCUCAGACUCAUCAUGCUUAGACUCAUCGUUCUCACUAUUGCGCUUGCCACGGCUUACGCCGCGCCGACAUCUCCGCCAGGAGUUAAAGCAGAAACUGCAGAGGAUGAGAUUUCCCUAGAAAACCAGACGCCACUUCCAGCACUGGCUCCAGCGUCAGCAGCAGCCUCGACAUUGCCCCCUGGACGAUCCCCAGCCGCAUCUGGAAAAGCUCUGACGACCUUAACCGAGAUCAAGACACCAGCCUCGACUACGAAACUGGCGCAUUUGGUUGCACCCCUGGCGACACCGAUAGCUGCAGCGCCUAUCCUCUCGCCUCUGCAGUACGCUUACGCCGUACCGACUCUGACGUCUCUCGAACUAGCACCAGCGCCUUCCACUUACUCGAUCGAACAACACGGUUAUCGCAUUAUCUACUGACUUGCCGAACCAUGAAAACCACCAUCGACGCGAGUCAGACGGUAACUCGACGAACCUAGCGUACC